UUUCCUUCCUCCCGGGCCCCGCCUUGCUUUCCUUCCCUGGGCGCUGUGAGUCGGAGUUGGAGCGGAUUUUGCAGCUCACGCUGUGAGUAAACUGGGGCCCCCGAGUUGGAGCCCGGAGCCGGAACGGCGGCCGAGGCGGCUACAGAUUUCUCUCAUCUCGUCACCCUUUCCCAUGCCUCUUUAUGCCCCUCCCCCAUAUAUAUGUAUGUAUAGCCCACCUAGCCGAGCCCGAGAAGGCCCCUCCUCGUAGCAGAUUCCCACGGCAGCGCCAGUUUCAAAUGGAUUCCCGAGGCCGCCUGCGCGGCAGAACAAACUUCCCGCUGUGGAGGAGGAAACGUACUUUGAGUAAUGGAAAAUCACUUCUACCAACCAUUGUAACUCCAUCCAGAGCUGCUGGUGACAUCUUAAAUCUCUAGUGCAAAGGUCGAGUUGGUUUAUUAGUGCUGCCAGGUUUCUACCCAAAAUGGAAUAAAUUAUUCGUGAAAAUACGUGAUUGAGGGGAGGAGGGUGCCCUAGUUUAUAAUGGGAGUGGUGGUAAUGGUGGUGCUGGGGGGGUGGGGUGCUGGGGGGGGGAGGGGUGCUGGUGGUGGUGGGGAGGGUGGUGAUAAUGGUGAUGAUGAGGGUGGUGGUAAUGGUGAUGGGGGGUUGGGCGCCCAAGAUGCUUUCCUUUCAUUUGUUGUCCCUUUCCUGGUUCCUCAACCUCUUUUAGGUUAGACUUCUCAUCAAAAAUUAUAAUAGUUGAUGUUUAUUUAAGAAAGGCUUUUAAAAGUUAUGUUGGAUAUUGCUAAUCUCAUAUUCUAGGUACCCCAGGCAGAAUCCUGGUAUAUUUCAUCACUCUGUCAAUUCUCAAUGGAUAUUUUUUAUUGACUCGGGUGUUUUUAAUCUAUAUUGGGCAGUGAAAGGUAUUGUACCAUUUCUUGUGAAGUCAAGAUUAAUUUUUUUAAAACUCUUUGUACCUCAUAGUAGCUAUCUGUGAGGAAAGGGGGGUGCUAUCACUUGGAUACCAAAGCACUUUACCUAUUGACCAGAUGGGCUAGAUUAUUCCCCAAAUAGUUCUUCAUAUCAAAUCUGGACCAAGAAUGGGAAGAAUGCUUCAAAGAUGAGGGUUUAUUCAAAAGUAACACUCAAAACUUGCUGAAAUUGAUCAGCUUAUUUGAUGUGAAGCUAGGGAUUUAUAUGGACCGUAUCUUACAAGUAGCUUGCAUUUUAAACAUGGUGACAUGAAAGAUCUGUUAGUAUCCCUCUCAUCCUAUAGUCCUUCCAUUCAUCAAAAAAUCCCACUAUAUAAGUUUCUUUCCUUGCAGAGGGAGGAGAAAUGGGUAGUAGAUGUUAACCAGUGGGAAACUUGAAAUUCAUCUUAGCAUUUAGCAGAACUUCACCGAGUGGACAAAGAGUUGCCUGUUUAAUUUAGCCACUCCAAAGAAACAAAUAGUAACAUCUUUAUGGAGAAUGGUGAUCAACUAUGGAACUUUUAGUAAGGGGCAUGCCUCUUUGUGGCUUUCUUUUGCAUAUUGGCAUGGUGAGUGUUCAGUUUGAGUGUUUUUAAAUUUUGUUAAAAAAAAAAAAAAAGAAUCACUUGAAAUUUAUGGAAGAGUUCUCCUUCCCCAUCCUACAGUAGGAAGCUACUACAUUCUUAGUAUUGUAUCAUAUGUUUGGAAGCACAAAGAUUUCCACCAUGAGUAGCUGAAAAAGCUGGUGCUUGUACCUACUACUUCCCUUUCAGUCUUGUUUAAGCUGACCAGUCAAAUGGAGACUGACAACAGGGGAGGGAAGUAGGAUGUGGGAAGAGGACAGUUCUCAGAAACAUUUACUGGUAAGUAAACUUUAUCUUUAUUGGUCUCCACUUGCCUUGUCCUACUGUAGCAACAUGUAGAAAUGGUCAUUGGUGAGAGUAGGAAAUUUGCCAGAAAAUGGCACAAAGGUAAAUUUUUCCAGGGCUUUUGUGUCCAAAUUAAAAGACUUAAAGGAGAAAUCAAUCUAUUGCUGGUGUUACAGAGAAGUACUAGACCAAGUAGAAGUCACAACCAGUAGACUUUUUCUUUUUCCUAUUGGAAAAGAGAAAGUAGCAGGAAUAACAUACUAUACUUUAAAAAAGAGAAAUGUUUUUAAAACCAUUAGGAUGAGGAUACUCCUGGAUAAAAAAAAAAACUCCCAACAUCAAUACAAGUUAGCAGUGUUCUCUGCAGUUUAUAACCUCGUUUCUUAGGGCACACAGGAGAAGUGAUUUGCUCAGGAUUAUAUGGCCAGAAUGUAUUAACCAAAGGCAAGACCCUCUGCCCACUAUACCACAUUGCCUCUUAAUUGUUUAAAAAAAAAUCAUCUGUGCUUUUUGUUUUAUAAUUUGUUUUGCUGGCAGUUAACUGUCAAUAUUACUUGUAAGAUUUAGCACUGAAAUUAAUGUCUAUCAAGAUAUUUACAUGGUGUUCCAAUCUCUUGGGGAAAACUAGAAGCACCCCUUGUCACUUUUUUAUUCAGCUGUUUUUUGUUUUGUUUUGUUGUGGUGUUUUUUUUUUACAGUAGAGUGAUGAAUUUUAUCUUCCAAAUAAUACUGGAUUUACCUCAACUUUCAGUAAAAAUAUGCUUUAUUAAAGGGGGCUCUAUCUCAGUCCAUAUCCUAAUAAGUGGGUUUAAAGGAUUUUCAUUUUCUUUCUUGGUAAGUAACUAGAAUUUUUAGGAAUGGAUUUUUAAGACUUCCAUUAUGAUUUACCUGCAAUUAACCAUCAUUAGUAUAGAUUAUCCAGUGUUAGUAGCUUUUGACUUGGGGGAGUAUUUUAAGUUAUGUUUUAGCUAAUGAUGAAGUACGGCUUCAUUUCAUGAGAUCAGUUGAUAGUGAGAAGACAACAUGGAUCAGCAUUUCACACGUUGAUAACUUCUCUUUUUUAUGGCUAGUGAUUUCUUCUUAGGUUCUACUUCUGGGUUAUUUUUUAGAAUAAAAUAUCACUUAAUAAAUAGUGGUAAUGUGAGAUAAUAUUGUAAAGUGCUCAGCACAGUGCCUGGCACAUAGUAAGCACUAUAUAAAUGUUAGCUAUAUUGUAACAAAUGAGACAUAGCUUUCUGUACAGUCUAAUACUAGUAUAAGUGAUUAGGUGUACAAAUAUGAGGUAGAAUUUGAUAUAGAGUACUAUUGAUCCAAAGCAAAGAUGAUCAUUUUCUCUUCACUUCCCUACUUAAUCAUAUUAUUUGAGUAUGUCUAAUUCUUAUGCUGCUUUCUCCUUUCUCCCUCUCUACCACUUUAUGACCCUACCGAAGCCUAUCCUAGAGAUUUUUGCUCCAAAGAUACAAAUCUUCAAUUACCUCCCCCUGCCCCAACAUAAUUCUUAUUUUUCUUAAGUUGCCAGUUUCCUCAGGUAAAUGUUAGGAAGAAAAAAGUCUGAACUGAUUCACACCAAAGUAUGAAUGAAAAAAAAAUCUUCAACCAUCCCAGUGCCAGAUUUGUUAAAAUGUAUUUAAAAUUAUUAAAUUUAUUAACACAUUGUUCUAAUUGAUAUCAUUCCAGACAAUGUCAAAAUGAAAAGAAAAAUUGAGGGUGUUAUAUGUAAGGAUAAUUUUAUAGUUCUGACUUAAAAUCUAAAUUAGUUAUUGGUCACCAUGGGAUAUCCCAAAUAAAAUACCCAAGUCAGCUAGAAAUUUAUGGUGAUUUUAAUUAAUGUAGUGAGAAGGAAUUAAGGAGAAAAGAGAGAGGAAAAGAGUUAAUUUAAAUUGCUCCAGCUCAGGCUGAACCAGGCAGGAGUUCAAGGCCUUGGCCAAGGGGCCUCCCCUGAGAGCCAAGAGAAAAGGGAGUCAGUCUUAUCACUCACCAGGUCACCUUCUCAAGGAAGCUGUCUGAGGGAGCUCCUCCAGGCUCGAGUUCCAGGAUCGAACUGGCGCCCAGCCUGCUCACAGGAAGUCACCAGCCAGAUCCACCUCUCCGGGGAAAGAGCCCGAAGAUAGGAAGUGACGGACGGUUUUACAUCACUUUCCUGCAUCUCAUCUGUACCAAUGGUAGCUUAAGCUUCACUUAGGAUAGCCCAGGGUCCUGUCAGAUGUUUUCUGCACAUGUCUAUCAAAGGCCAUCCUCCUGAAUACUUAAUCCUUAAGUAUGUGUAUAGACAUUCCUGAUUUUGUCAGACUAAGUAUCUUCAUUGUUACAAUCAGAAGAUUGCUAAAUCUAAUCUUCACAUAUAUAAGGAAUGAAUUAUCAGACUUUAAAUGAUGUAUACUUUGAAGUUGGGUAGGUACUAUCCAAUAAGCCAGUCUUACCCAGGAAUCUUCCUACAGUUCAGUUUCUCUAGAAUGGACAUACAUUUUGUAUAGCCUUGAAUGCUUACAUAGAAAUUGACUGCAUACUGUAUAGUACUUAGGCUACUUUGGGUUCAGAAUACUAUAUUAGUAUUUGGAAUCAUCUGCUAGCCGUGUGUGUGUGUGUGUGUGUGUGUGUGUGUGUGUGUGUGUGUGUGUGUGUGUGUGUGUGUGUGUGUGUGUGUGUGUGUGUGAAAUUUUAAAGAGACAGUUCCAUAGUUUUAGUGUACAAAUACUGUUACAACAUUUUAAAUGAAGCAGAAUUGAGUACAGAGAAGAAAAAUUUUGUUUUGUAUUUUAAAUAAAGCAGAUUGCCUUUUUCUGAUUUAACAUUAAAAGAAUUUGGUUUGUGGAGGAUUACAUAUGUACAAAUAAAACCAAGACAAAGGUAGAUUGGGUUGCUAGAAAGAUUCCAUUUAAUUUCAACUUUCUAAUUUAGCUAUUAUGAUAUAAAAUACUAGUAAACUCAUUUGGCUUUUUUGGAUUAUCUGGGUAACUACAGAUCAGCUUACUAUUUUCUUUAGAAAGCUAGAUAUAAAAAGACCUUUGGGUUUUAACAGUUGGCUUUCAAAAAUUCACAAGCACUCAGGUGUGCUAAGGGAUGAUUUAAAAGAAUACUUUUAAAUAUAAUAACUAAUACUUUUUUAGGACUUUUGCUCAUUCUAAAGCAGUCAUCAAAAUUGCUGUCUUCAGAACUAUUCCCUAGUGAGACCAGAACCAGAUUAACAUGUAAUUGGAAAAUGUUUAACAAAAUUAAACUACAAUACAAUGUAUGAGUGCUGGCAAUAGGGAUUGUUUCUAUUUUAAGUCUGAUAGCAGUGUUCUGAAACACUAGUCAACUACUAGUUUUUAAAUUGGUCUGUCAUUCUAAGCCUUGGUGUAUUGCAAAAUGUUAUCUCUGAGUUUAUUUUUAAGCACUUUAAAAGUUUAAUGGUAAAUCUAUCUCAUUAAAAUUUUGGUAUUUUUGGUUAAUUAAAAAGGAAGAAGCCAGUCCUUUUAAGUAUGCCAAGCAAAUUUAGGUGGGAAGGGGGGAAAUGUGUUUCUAAAUCAAGGGGUAUGUAUUGGAUUUGGAGACUUGGGUUUGACUGACAAUCACUGUUUACCUGUAUCAAAGUUACUUAACUCUAUAAUCUUUCAAUAUCCUUUCAAGAUCUAAAUCUGAUUCUAUAAAAUAGAACCUUAAUUUAGGAAAAAAUAAAUGAUUGCUGCUUAGUUUUUUACCUCUUAAAAAUAUUCAAAAGAUACAUAGCUUGCCUUCAUAGACAAUUGAGUUACAUCUUGCCUCUGACAUAUACUGACCACUUAACACAGGGCUAUUUAAUUUUCAGGACCCUAACGACUUUCUAGGACUACAGGCAGUAGAUCAGAGGUUCUGAUCUGCAGUCUUCAUUGGUAGUUUUUAAUAGGAAGCUCCUUCCUGACACUGUUAACAUCACAGAUCUGGUCAAAGAGGAAAAAAGGUAAAAGGUUGAAAAGGCAAUUAACCAGAAUAUUCAGAACUUGUCACCACUAUGAAGAAGCCAAUUGGUACUCUAGGUAUUACUCUUAACAUAAUGUUUAAUAUGUUUAUCGGACACAUGCAUGCAUGCAUACACAAAAAGUAUGUUUUGUCCCCUUCAAAAAUGAUUUUAGGAGUUUAUGUAUUUGAAUACUUCUAGAAUGGUGUCUUUGCAUUAAAUAUUUUGGAAUUGGUUUCAGGGCCCGUGGCACAUUCUUUUUAAUCUCAUUGGUGACAAAUCCUUACUCCAUUGGUGACAAAUCCUUACUCUUAGAAGAUAGGUUUAAUUUUUGGAACUAGCCAAAUGUCAUUUACCUAGUAUUGGGGAAUAAGAUGAGUGAUUAAGCUGAUUUUUGAUGUUGGUCAGCAACUUUCAUAGUAUCAUCAAGAAAUGCCUAGAGUAAGGAGAUUUGGUUCUUACUAGCAAUGUGAUCAUGGGGAAUCUCUGAACUUGUUUUUUAAAAUUGUAAAAUGAUAAUGCUUCUUACACUCAUAGGCUUUGUGUAAAAAGUACUUUUUUAAAGCAUUGUGUAAAAUGAGUUGUCUAUUAGCAAAAAGAUUUUUAAAUGUAUAAAUAUGUAUAUGUUUAAUAUUGUUAUACAUUAUACUUAAUAUAAUAUAAAUAGUAUAUAGAAAUUAUAACUAAUAUUUAUAUAAUGCUUACUAUAUGCUAGGUACUGUGCCAAACUCUUUACAAGUUAUUUGAACACAGGUCUUCCGGAUUCCAGGCCCAGCUUUCUAUCCACCUAGCUUUUACUCCUUAUUUAUAUAAGGAGACUAAAUUUUCUUGUUUGGUUUUUAAACUAGCUCUGUUAGUGAUUUCAAAAGCAGAUUUAAUAUUUAAACUCAUUGAGGGGGCAACUGUAUGGCUCAGUGGCUUGAGAGUCAGGCCUAGAAACAGGAGAUCUGGCCUCAGAUACUUCCUAGCUAUUGUGACCCUGGACAAGUCACUUAAUCCCCUAUUACCUAGCCUCUUCUACCUUGAACCAGUACACAGUAUUAAUUGUAUCAUUUUUAAAAAUAAUAUAUUUAAACUCAGAGAUUGCCCAUCUCAUAUGUAUGAUAGUUGACAUAAAAUGGUUUAAGAUUUCCAAGUUGCUUUACACAUUUUAUCUUGUUUGAGGCUCACAGCAACCUGUCAAUUGUUGUUAAUACAGUUAUUACUAUUUUAUAUUGAAGGUAUUCUCCUAAUUUUUUUAUGAGAAAAUUGAGGUUUAUCGAGAUUGUGACUUACCAGUGAUUGCAUACAGAUAAUUUCAGAGUUGGAGUUUGAAUUGAGGUCUUCCUGACAUUGUGCUUGAUGCCCUUGUAAUGUGCUGUAGCCCGCUUAGGUGAUAGAAUUUUCCUAUAGGAAGUAUUCUCUUAUAAAUGAAUAAAACAGGAAGUGACUAUGUUAUGCUAAGUGCUGAAUUGUAGCUACUGAAUGAGAUAAAAAGUUGAAAUAAAUAAUUCUUUUUAAGAGCUCAAAAUCUAGUUAUUUCAGGGCAUUUAGGUGGUUUAGUGGAAAGAGCCAAGCCUUGUAGACAGAUCAGAUUUGGCCUCAGACACUUCCUAGCUGGGUAACCCAGGGCAAAUCACUUAAUCUCAAUUGCCUACCCCUUCUGCCUUGGAACUGAUAGUAUAGAUUCUAAGACAGAAGGUGAAAGGGUUUGGGGUUUUUUUUUGUUUGUUUGUUUUUUAGGGGGAGAUGUUAAAUAUAAAAAUCUAGUUAUUUCAUACAGGUAAGCUCAUUUUUCUCAUAAGUUAACACUGGCUAUGGGCAAUAACUGCAUUUUGUUAUUUUAGAAAAACUUAGUAUAUAUACUACUACAGUUACAGUUCAAUAAAGGUAAUUGUCCCUGCAGAUCUGGUUGGACUUCAUUCAGUAAAGCAUUUUUAAUACAUUCUUUUUGUUGACCCAACUCACUUUGAAAAAGAUAAUUUUUCCAAAAAGGGGAAAUAAGUAAUUGCCUUUACUAGAUGUCUAUUUUUUAAAUUCAAAAUUGUCUGUGUACCUUGAUUUUAAAGUAAUGAGAUUAUAUAGGUUGGUAAUUUUUUUUACCUAAAAACAUGUGAAUACAGUAGGUCUUCUGUAUAGUAAGAAAUUUGUCUAGCUAUACACGGUAAAUUUUCUAAACACUUUGAAGCUAAAAUUUUAUGGCAACUGAAGAGGUUUGUCAUCAGACUCAGUUCUUACCCUCCUGAUUGGGUGACCCUAAUUUGUAAUCAAAAUAAUGCAAAGUUGGGUAGGUACUCAAGUGGAGAAAGAAGCAAAAAAUCUUAGCCUGGGUCAUGAUUCAAGACUUGUUAUUCUAGUAAAUUUAUAGGCUCUUUAGAGUUUAAUUUGUUUAAUUUCAUUAUAACUGGAAGAAUUUGAUUAAAUCAAAUUUGUUAUAAUUUGAAUCACUCAUUGGGAAGACUAAUCAUUUUUAUCAACAAAAGGUACCCUUAAUAGAUUGCAGUCAAAGUUUUGAUAACUUUCAUAAUCUGUAAAUCUCAUUGUUUUAUAGAAUUUAGCCAAUGUACAAUUUAAAAUAUGUUGGUGGAUCUUUAAUGACAUUUUGAUUACUCCAUUGGGGCAGCUAGCAACCUUGCCCUGUAUUCUAAUUUAUAAUUCUAAUUCAUUGUCUCCCAUAAAUCCUACAGAGAGAGAUUCUAUACAAAAUGCUAUUGGUUUUUUUAUCUUUUUCACAUUUGUUAUGUAUGGUGUCUUAGCUUUUAUCCCUCAUUCUUACUUUAUGAUGAGCCAUUCCCCCUUUUUUGAUCAUAUGGUUCUGGAUGAAAAAUGGCUUUAUUUAAAGAAGAAUAAUCUAAUACUUUAAAUCAGUUUGAAAGUACAUUAAAAAAGUUAAGUGAAAGAGUUUUGAAGAGACUGGUGGAAAAGGAGGACUGGAGCCUAAUAAUACUUAUAUUCAUACAUUAAAAUUUUACUUAUAGUAUAAAGGCACUUGAGAUGCAAAAACAAUGCAAUGAAAGGUAAUUUGAAAUGGGAAAUCGUGUGUAUUUUUACCGCAGUAUGUUAGGUAGUUAAAAGAAUACCAGGAAACUUUCUGUUUAAAAGGGGGAAACAUCGAUUAGCUUUCCUAUAUUACAAAUAUGUAUGACAUUUUUAUUUAAAACAUUUUCUAACUAGCAUUUUUUAAUUCAACAUGAGACUUAAUGCAGCAUGUGGGUGGCAUUCUUUUUAUUCAUAUGGUUAGCACUCUUUUUUUUUUAAUUCCUAAAUGAUAACUCAAUUUAGAAUUCAGUGGAAGAAAAUACAUAUAUUUCUAUCCAUACAGGAGAAAAGUUCUUCCAUAGCUGGAUUGGUAAGUGAGUUAUUAAAGCAACAUAUCCAUCAAGUUGAUGAAAAAUUUCCUUGUACAUUUUCUUGAGUAAUGAGAUAAUUCUUGUGUAACUUAUUUUUGUGGGGGGGGGGGGAAUAAUUCAUAAAGAUCUUAAACAUUUUGCAAAUAUUUUAUUUUCCCAAUUCCAUAAUAAGUUUUAAUAUAAAUUUAAAUGCUUUUAAGUAUUUUAAAAUCAUUAUAAUCCAUCCGAUAAUAAUCCUUUCCUUGGAAAAGUCUGUAGAAAACAAAUACUUGAUUAAUUAUAUUUAUGUGUAUAAUUAUUCAUAUUGUUGCUUAAAUGUUUUGGUGAGUUUUAUGACAUCCCUGAGAUUAUUAAUUGAGGUUUUAUUUUAUGAGAUGUUAAUGAACACAGGUUUGGAGAAUAUUGAUUUUUAAAGUCAUGUCAGUGGCCUUUUUGUUUUGAUGACCUGGUUUCAAAUAUCAAAUAUGCAAAUUGGAGACUGUAUAGAGAUAGACUUUGCGGAGGAAAUAUUUUCUAGCAUAAUCUUGCCAAACUACUUAAGAGGAAAAAAAAAGGUAUAUUUGUAUAACAUGCUUACUAUCUAAAAGAUUGGUGUACACAUUUAACUUGUUUAAUAGGGUGUUUCUUCAUAGAUUCAUUGCAUAGUAGCAAGCAAAACUAACAAGGUAAGGAGAGGAGAUCACAAUUUGGAGAGCUUAUUUUUGUAGUUCUAUUUAGAGCAGGUAGAAGAGGUGAAAGCACUUGUGAAAUUUUUCCUGGAGCUUAGUUUUAAUGUUUUUAUCUGUUUUUCUGUCCUUCCUGUAGUACUUACUCUUAUUCCUUCAAACAUUUAUUGAAUGCUUACUAUGUGCAAAGUGCUGUGGAGAAUUCAUAGCUGAAUCAGGCAAAUUCUGAGCCUCACGCGAAGAACUGGCCAUAACUUUUUCAAAAUGCAAAUGACAGACACGUUUUAAAAUGCCUAGUUAAUUUUGUUCUCUUCCUACCAAGGCAUUAAGGAGAAAAAGGAAGUUUCAAAAAUAAUUUGGAAAAUGCCUAAAUACUAAGCUGAAUGGACACAAUGUUUGCAAGAGGAAUAAAGAGAAAAUGUUUUGAUGGUGAAGAAGAUAUUGAAAGUACCCUGGCUGGUUUUAAGGCUAUUCCCUCAUAUAAUCUUCAGCGGCAAUCACUUUUAGACAUGUCUCUGAUAAAACUACAAUUGUGCCACAUGCUUGUUGAACCUAAUCUAUGUCGCUCAGUUCUCAUAGCAAAUACUGUAAGGCAGAUUCAAGAAGAAAUGACCCAGGAUGGAACUUGGCAAGUGAUAAAUGCUCAGAAUACAGGACAAGCUUCUCUUGACCGACUAGUAUCAUCAGAUAUCCUUUGUCGUUCAACAAAAGAACAGAGUGACGGGAAACUCAUUCCAAGUUAUAGUAGUUUCUCAAAAGACUUUGAAGAUAUCCAGUCCCAAGAUAUUAUUUCUGACCUGUCCACAGUUACAUCAGUACAAGCUUCAAGAAACCCUCAAGGUAAUGUUUGGGAAAUGGAGAACCCUCCCGAAAAUAGGGGAAACUUUCAGAAGUCACUAGAUCAAAUAUUUGAAACAUUGGAGAACAAAAAUCCUAAUUCUGUAGAAGACUUAUUUUCAGAUGUUGACAAUUCUUAUUAUGAUCUUGAUACAGUAUUAACAGGAAUGAUGAGCAACACAAAAAUGGGACAUUGUGAUGUGCUUGAGAGCUUUUCAUCUCAAACAACCACAAAUUCUAACUCAAAUUGUAAAUCUGAUAUAAAUGAGCUUGACCAUAUUGUGGAAAUCCUUGUUGAAUCUUGAAAUGGUUAAAUUCAAAGCAUGAUACUUUGAAGAAAUCAAGAACUUUUGAAAAAACAAGCCUUCAAAUAGUUUACUAUCAAAUGUAUAUGUAAUCUACAUAAAAGAUAAAAAGCACUUCAUUUUGUGAAAUAGUGUUAUCUUUAAAGCUAACGUGCUAAUUUUGCCUUUGACAAUUUUAAUUUGUCCACUGAAAUUUUACUAUCUACUAGUUGCAGGGUCUGAAACUUCCAAGAUUAGGCAUAGUCUACUUUUUCUUUCCUGUUUCAAGGCAAAAAAGGGAGAUUGGUACAAAUAGGUUCUUGACUUUUUAUUUAGCUUUUUUUCCUUUUUUUUAAGGGUCUAUAUUUAAACUUUUAAUUGUCCUGAUUCCUUUUAUCUUCCCUCUUUUUCAGCUACAGUCACCAGCCUUCAACUUGAUUAGUCUAGAUAGUUGUUGUUUUUUUAUCAGUUUUUUGUAUGUUUUGGGCAAGGUUUUGCCUUUUGAAAAUUUUUUAUACUUUUAUCAGUGCUUAGAUUUUCCAGCUAUUUUCCUAAACAUGUAUUUUUACUAUAAAUGUCCUUUCUGCUGCUACUUCAUUAACUUUUUCAUAGCAUAAACACUUGGAAUUGGUAUGUUUCUGUUAAAUUUUUUAUUAAAGUUUUGUUUUUCAGAAUGAACUAUAUUGUAGUUCAGUAAACUGUAAAUAUGCAACAUGCUUUAAAAUGUAAGAACUGUUUUCAUAAUCAUGUAGUGCUUAAAGUUGAGAAACAUCUCUUUUUAUACUUGAGUAUCAUUAGAGGGGGGAAAAUGCUGAUCCAUAGAUACAGUUCUAUUAAAAGCCAUGCCUCAUGUUAAUUCUGAAUAUAAAUUAUGAUGUGUAGGGUUUUAUUUAUGUAUAUUUAUAUGUAAAUGUCAUUAGUGAAUUGUUUGUCAUUGAAGUCUAGGGUCAGGUUUCUUUAUGUGGAAAACUCUUGCACUAAUUUACUAAGUAAAGUGUUAUUGGGGGCCUUAGAAUCUCUAUCAUUGUGUUCUUAUGUAGAUCUAAAUUAGUAUGUUCUAUUCCCAUCUUAAAGUUUUCUGUAUAGCUGUUCUUCCUCUGAAAGGUGUUGCUUAGGUCUUUUACCUACAUUAAAUAAAGAAUACAUUCGUUGUAGAGUGUAUUUGAGAAAAGUUCAAUUUUACUUUUACUUUUUACUUUUUAGCUGUUCCUGGAAUUUUCUUUUUUUUUUAAAUCAGACUAUCGUCUGCUUGAAAUAAAGAGAUUUGUAUACAUUUGGCUAUAUGGCACCUCUUCAGAUUUUGAAAAAGAUAAAACCAGUAUCUUUGUCGCAGUAGCAAAAAUGGAAAAUUUGGGAAUGGAAUCCAGACAUCAUGACAAGUGCAAUGAGGAAUGAAAAAGUGGGAAAGUGGGGGAAGAAAAACAUUUUCCUAUCUUCAAGGAAAAAUUUUUUCAUAUUUCUUGUCUUUCUUUCUCUCCCCAUAUAGAUUGGUGUAAAUGUUACUUCUAAUACUUUCUCAGAUUUCUUGUCAUUUUAGUAAUAACUAUUUCAGUAUGAAUACUCAAAGAAUUGUAAACUUGGUUUUUUUGUUGUUGUUGUUGUUGUUUUGGUGUUUUUUUUUUUAAGAAAAAUGUAAUUAAACAUAGUUGACAAAAUUAGAAAUGAAAAUGUGGAUUGAUAUUUAAAUCAUAAAUUGGUAUAAUUGUGUUGA